AUGAAGCUUUUCGGAUCUAUUGGCGCCGUCGCCGCGGCUUUGAUGCUACUUCCUGGUCAGGCUUUGGCUGGGCAGUACAAGGGCUUCAGUAUGGGUGCCAACAGGGCGGAUGGCGCUUGCAAGUACACUGCGGAUUGGAAGAAGGAUUUUCAGACGAUCAAGAGCUGGAACAAGGGUUUCAACGCUGUGCGCCUCUACUCUGCCGAUGACUGCAACACACUGGUCAAGGCUGUCCCCGCCGCCAAGCAGACCGGCAUGAAGAUCCUUGUCGGCGUCUGGGCAACCGACGACGCUCACUUCGGCCGCGACAAGGCCGCUCUUCUCAAGGUGAUCAAGCAGUACGGCACCGACUGGAUCGCCGCCAUCUCCGUCGGAUCCGAGGACCUGUACCGUAAGGACAUUUCGCCCGAUAAGCUGGCGCAGCAGAUCUACGACGUGCGCGGGAUGGUGCGCCAGUUCAACAAGAACCUCAAGGUCGGACAUACCGACACAUGGACGGCGUGGGUCGACGGCCGCAACGACGUGGUCACCAAGGCGUGCGACAUUGCCAUCACCAACGGCUUCCCCUACUGGCAGGGCGUCGCCAUCAAGGACGCUCUGCAGAAGAAGACCUUCCAGAACUCGUACUGGAGUGUGCAGCAGCACGUCAAGGCUGUUAACAGCAAGGCUGCUGUUUGGGUUGGCGAGACGGGCUGGCCUACCAAGGGACCUAACUACCAGAAGGCCGCUGCUACUACCGCUAGUCUGCAGAGCUACUACAACAACGUUGGGUGCUGGUUGUGGCAGCAGAAGGAUGCUAGUGGUUUCUGGUUCACUGCUUUUGAUGCGCCUUUGGCUACGCCUGAGGUUGAGAAGUACUUCGGGAUUGCGAACUCGGACCGCAAGCUCAAGUUCACUCUUACUUGCUAG